UCUUGUGACAGGUUCUACCGCUGGAAUCGGAUAUGCUAUUGCCAAACGAUUGGGUGAGGAAGGUGCGCACGUUGUUGUGGCUAGUCGUAAACAGGAGAAUGUGGACAGGACAGUGAAGGAGUUGUCUGACAUGGGUAUUAGUGUUGAGGGGUGUGCGUGCCAUGUGGGAAAGGCAGAAGAUCGUCAGAAGCUCAUCGAUGUUGCCGUGGGCAAAACAGG